AGUUAUGUAGUAUAGAUUUGCUUAUUUGUACUUGGUCGUGAAUUUAAUGCAUUUGGAUUUUUUGACCAUUCCGUGGUUCUGAAUAAAAGCAGAGAAAGCCAUGAAAUUAGCAACGGUAAUCUACGCUUCGACGGUGGUUCUACUUCUCAUUGGAAUUCGAGAAAUGUUUUUCGGCUUCGAAGACAAUCAGUGUAGUAUGACCUACAUGUUUGAAUAUCCAGAGUACCAGAGAAUCAAGCUUUCAAAGAGAAUCUUGUCAAGAUUUCCUGGAUAUGGACUUUAUUUAUAUGGCGAAGGAUUAUAUGCAAAAGAGAAUCGGAAAAUGAAAUUGUCUGGUGUACCAGUUCUUUUUUUGCCAGGAAAUGCAGGCAGUUACAAGCAAGCCCGUUCUCUUGGAUCUGUGGCUCUUCGAAAAGCUGAGAAAAACAUAGAUAACAAGAUACACUUGGAUUUCUUUACUAUUGAUUUUAAUGAAGAACUGGUUGCCUUGUAUGGAGGCAGUCUGAAGAGGCAGACGCACUUUGUGCACGAAUGCAUUAAAGUUAUACUGAAGUUGUACAAGGGUCAGGCAUCACCCCCAAAUAGCAUAGCAAUUAUAGGACACUCAAUGGGUGGAAUUAUAGCCAGGGCUCUUUUCUUACUCCCUAAGUUCAACCCCAACAUCAUCAACUUAAUCAUCACACAAGCUACACCUCACCAGGGCCCUGUGCUGCCACUUGAUAGCUAUAUCACUGAUUUUUACAGAUCAGUUAAUAACUACUGGAUGGACCAUGCUGUAGAGCUUCAAAAUGUCACAGUCCUGUCUAUAGGAGGAGGCUUCAGAGACUAUCAAGUACGAUCAGGUCUUACUGUAUUGCCUUGUCCUGCUGAUGAUCUCAACAAGCUUUCACUUGUGAGCACAGCUGUUCCAAGGACAUGGGUAUCCACUGACCAUCUUUCUAUUGUUUGGUGUAAAGAACUUGUUCUUGCCACUAUUCGAGCAUUCUUCGAUCUUCAUGAUUCAAAUACUAAACAGAUAACAUCUGACCCAAAGAAGAAAAUAUUAGUUUUACGGCAUCAUUUUAUUAAAAACCCAGUGAAAGUGCUCAGUGAUGAGGAAAACAAUCCAUUUACAUUUGCAGCUUCACCAUACAUCUGGACAGAGGUAUCCUCCUCUAAACUGAGUUACACAAGUCCAAAGGAACCUGAAACAAAAUACUUUUUAUUUCCUCUUUCAAGACAGAGAAGAUCCUAUAGUCACUUUCAUUGCAGAAACAGCAAUUUGGAAACUAACAGUUGGUUUUUUGCCUGUUUGGCAAGUAAUGGCUCAACUUGUUUAGAAGUCAUAGACCUUUCUUUGGAAACAGAACUGCUACCAUUUUAUAAGGUUAUCACUUUAAAACUGGAUGAUUAUCCUUUCAUCUCUCACUUUGUAGUAAGUGCCUCCACAGUUUACAGCAAGGAGAUUAUUGUAAACUGUGAAUUUUUCCAAGAAGAUUUGCGGACCCUCUCAUUAUCUGUACCACAUGUUUUAUCUCUUGGCUUGUCAGUUAGCGAAGUGGUCCUGAAUUCAACUGGCCUAAUUCACAGAAUUUUUCUUCAAGACUUUAAUCAGGUUCAUCAGGCUUUUAAAAUACAGAUCGAGAGCAAGUGCAGACAUUUCAAAGAGAGAAUGCCUAGUGUUUACAGACAUAGAGUGCCAUGGUUUCAUGAAGACACUGUUGUAGCUGCAAGUGUUCCAUCGCAAACAGAGAUAUUUGUCAAGCUUCAUACAGGUAGUUCUGAUAAUGCCUCCAGUGCCAACCUUCAGCUCUUUAUCAGCUCAAAGUGCAGUUACAAGGUGACAGUGCAAGUGAGUCUCUUUCAAAUCCUUGGGCAGAUAAUGCGUUUUCAUGGUUCCUUUUUGCCAGUCUACAUUGCAGUAAAUCUACUGUUAGCUUAUGAAGGCCAAAUGAAUUUCCUGAUUAAGACAGGACACAUUGUGAGUCCAGUGAAAGCCCUUGUUGCUUCAGCUAAACCAUAUAAGGUGCUGCCUGUGGUUAGUGUUAUACUUUACAUUUUGCGGAUGAAUUGGCUCCCAGAAGAACUUUUAACAGUUUAUCAUUCUCCACUGAAAGAACAGUUUCAGGUGUCCCUAGUGGUCCAUUUGUUACUGUUUCUAUUUGGCUCAGGAAUUGUCUAUUGCAGCAUCACACUGUUUAGCCUAACAGUGAGGCUGUUAACUAUACCUCUAACUGUUAUUCAUUGGCCUGUAUCUAAAACAAGUGGUAAAGAAUUUGUAUCUUAUGGACAGGCAAUUUGGAUUGUUUUACUGCUUGUCAUUUGCUGGACAACAUGUGGAGCUCUGGCCUUGAUCAUCACCUAUGGUAUCUCCUUUUAUAAGGUGAUCAGGCUGCAGACAUCAGAGAGGACACUGAAAAAUGUGCUUAAUUUGGCACCAAAAUUGCCUCCAAAAAAUGAUUUGUCAUCUGUGCAACGUGAAAAUGAAGAGUCGAGAGAGACAGAUGAUGAAUGUAAUUCUAAAUCAGUCAUUCCAAAUGGUAAUAGUCUAGUUUCUGUGUCUACCCUGGAAGAAAUUCAUGACAAUCUUCAGCUUCAUAUGAAACUGUUAACUCUCCUUGCUGUACCCGUACUUUUGAAUGCGCCUUCAUUUGUUUACUGGCUUAAAAAUCUCAGGUAUACCUUUUGUCUUGAUCCUGACCCUUGCUGGUUAUUGUCUAUAAUACUGGUCAUCUGUGCAGCAUUCCUUAGGAAAUCUAGUGUGGAAUCAAUACAACAAAGCAAAUUGUUGAAAGUCAGCUCCAGAAUUCAGCUACCUCUGGCCAUGGCAAUGCUGAUUUUCACAAUGAAUCACCUCUACAGAAUAUCCUAUUUCAUCACCUUCACCUUAGGCUUACAUGUACUCAGUGGCUUAAUUUAACCAACUGCGAAGAAUCUUGAGUUUGCACACGUUUGCCUGAUACCAGGAAUCUUCAGUGAGGAAAGUAAAUUUAACAUCUUACAGCUCUGAUAAAACUGGAGUUUCUCAUUAAAUUUCAUAUAUGUAUUAUAAAAGAAUUUCAUUUAAAUGACUUUCUCUCAGGAAUUCUCAGUGAAACUCGACGAUUAGGUGUAAAGUAAGUUCCUUGUACCAAUUCUUUUUUUUAUUUUAACAAAAUGAGAAGUGCAUUUCUUUAAUGCAGCUUUAUGUUUACAUUGUACAAAUGAUUAAUAUGACAGCAGACUUGUUCUGUAUUGUUUCCAGUGACCUUAAAGGAGGCCUAACCGAGAGAAGUUCAUGUUAUUAUUAAUAUAUUAACAUUGUACUAAUUGAACUUAUUUAAGCAAUUGUCUCCAGCAGCACUUCACAUACACACUAGUAAAAUUUUUAUUUCUUGCCAGUAUAUUGCAGGGGAAUGAGAAAGUGAAACUAAGUGCAGAGAACUGUAAUUCCUAUUUUCAAGAAACCACAGAUUAAUUUCAAGAAGUUACAGAUUAUAUUUAUUUUAAGUCCUGAAAUAACCUGCACCUUUUACACAACAAUAAUUAAAUAAAGUAUAAUUUAUUUUUAUCACAUUGCACCAACAAAUUUCAAAAUUGAAAAUCAUUUGUACUUUUGUAAGUUCAUCUCAAAUCUGAAUUUGCUGUUCUGUAUUUGAGUUGUAUACUGUAAUUACUUAUUUAGAAAUAUGUACUUGUUUAAAUGUUUUCUGUACUGAAAAAGUGAACUGAUUUAUUGCAAGAUAUAUCAGAAGAUUUCCAGGAGUUCUUGGUAUUGAAUUCAUGUUUGAUUUUUGAGUGUUA